GCAGAAGGAAGUUGGAGAGGUCAGGUUUGAGUAUAGCUUUGCAUCUGGCUAGUUGAUCAUGGAUCGGGGAGGGAGAAAGAGGGGGGGUUCGAUCUCUCGCGGGAUGCUUCCCUUGCUGGCGCUGCACGCGGUGACGGAGUAUUGCAGGCUCGACAGGAAACCGCCCCUCACGGCGGGGCUCAUGGCGGCGAACACCAUCGUUUACUUGAGGCCCGAAUUUCUCGAUCAUAUCAUCCCUUACAUCGACGAGGUGUGGUUCAAUCCCCACCUCGUUCUCAAGUACAAGGAUCUCAAGCGAUUUCUCCUUUCUCCAUUCUACCACAUCAAUGAAUCUCACUUGGUGUACAAUAUGCUGUCACUUUUAUGGAAAGGGAUUCAACUGGAAACGUCAAUGGGAACUGCAGAAUUCGCAUCCAUGAUUGCCGUUUUAGUUCCUAUGUCCCAAGGCAUUACUCUUCUGCUCUCCAAAUUGCUCUUAUUGUUCUUUGACUAUGACACUCCCUAUUACAGGGAAUAUGCUGUGGGGUUCUCUGGUGUCCUCUUUGCAAUGAAAGUUAUACUCAACGCACAAUCAGGGCCCUAUACAUACGUAAAUGGUCUAAUGGUACCCACCCGUUACGCUGCUUGGGCUGAACUCAUUCUCAUCCAGAUGUUCGUUCCCGGAGUCUCUUUCCUUGGCCAUCUUGGCGGAAUACUUGCUGGCCUUGGGUAUUUACACUUGAAGAGUUCAUUGUCUGGUUCCUCCAAUCCACUGAUCAAACUGGUCAGAGGCCUAGUUGGUGCAGUGAGUUUUCCUUUUAAGUACUUGUGGGGCAUAGGGUCCUACAGACGAAGAGUUCAUGGUCGGGGAGCUGUCGGAGGUAGGUGGGCUGGAAACAGAUCUGACACAUGGAGAUGCCAAGCAUGUACAUUUGACAAUUCAGGGCUUUUAACUUUUUGUGAGAUGUGUGGGACGGGUCGAUCCCAAGACUCGUCAUUUCACACCCCGACAAGUGAGGUUCAUGACAUUGCCUUGGAGGAAUUGCGUCGUCGGAGAGUUCAACGAUUCGGUGGCCUGUAAUCGUGCACGAGUCCAAGUGAUGAUGGGUGGGUUUCUGUGAGAACCUACUGCUGUCACAUUGCCGAGUUUCUGAAAGGAGAAAAAAAAGCCUGCGGAUGGUUUGGAAAGGGGCCUAUGUUCUUUGCCUUGAGAUAUAUUUACAGUCACACCAUGGGUGAUAACAAAAUUGACAAAGCUAUUGUUUCACUGACAAUGAUUUCUAUGGAGAAAUAAACAGUUCGAUUGUUAGAUUCCCAUGUCAUAUUAUUGACUGUUCGUAAACCUCACCGAACGUGUCCAUAUUAGAUAUAAAUAUAAUCCUCCCAGUGUCUCAUAAAAAGAUUCCAAUCUU